AAGCCCUGCCCUCAGUGUUUCACACACAGAACGGAGCAAACGCUGCUGAACAUGGCCACUAAAGACGAAGAGCUGUACCCGAGAAAGAUCCUGGAGUACAUGGAGGGAUUCCUGGUGUCAAAGACUCUUUUCACUGCCUGUGAGCUGGGAGUGUUUGAGCUGCUGAAUGCAUCGUGGAUGUCUGCGUCACAGCUGGCUCAGGCUCUGAACACCAGUGAGGAUGGCACUGAACGCCUGCUGUCUGCGUGUGUCGGCCUGGAGCUUCUGACCGCACACACAAACCCUGACGGAGCAGUUCUCUACAGUAACACAGAAAUGUCCAGCGUGUUUCUGACCAAGUCCAGCCCGAAGUCUCUGUAUCACUCGAUUGAGUACAGCUCCAGAACCAUCUACCUGUGCUGGCAUUACCUGGCCGACGCCGUCCGAGACGGGAAGAACCAGUAUGAGAAGGCUUUUGGGAUAAACUCCAAAGACCUGUUUGAGGCCCUGUACAGGUCUGAUGAGGAGAUGGUGAAGUUCAUGCAGCUGAUGAACUCUAUCUGGAACAUCUGCGGCCGUGAUGUCGUCACCGCUUUCGAUCUGUCACCGUUCAAAUGCAUCUGUGAUCUCGGAGGCUGCAGCGGCGCGUUGGCCAAACAGUGUGUAUCGGCCUACCCCGAAUCAACCGUGACCAUCUUUGACCUUCCGAAGGUUGUGAAAACAUCCCGGCAGCACUUUGGGUCAGAUCAAGACGAGCGGAUCUCCUUCUGUGAAGGUGACUUCUUUAAGGACGCUCUCCCGCAGGCGGAUCUCUACAUUCUGGCCCGGAUUCUGCAUGACUGGACUGACCAGAGGAGUGUGGAGCUGCUGGUGAAGAUUUACCAGUCCUGUAGACCAGGUGGAGGCGUGUUGCUGGUCGAAUCUCUUCUUCAUGAAGAUAACAGCGGUCCACUGACGGCGCAGCUGUACUCGCUCAACAUGCUGGUGCAGACUGAGGGACGUGAGCGCAAGGGUUCGGACUACAGACGCCUGCUCACUGCUGCCGGAUUCACCCACGUCCAGAUACACACCACCGGCAAGAUCUACGACGCCGUCCUGGCCUGUAAAUAAAUUAUGCUCUUCCUCAGUAUUCCAGUACAAAUAUCUAAACAUUCUUAAAUCAAGAUGCAAUUACUGGAGAAGAAAAAUGACUGAAGAUAUUAAGUCUUGUUUAAUGAGGUGUAUACCAUCAGCUGAAACGUGCUUGUUUAACAGAUCAGUGACAUCAUGCCUGUGUUCAUAUUUACCGUGUUUUACCUUUGUUCAGAUAAGAGGGCUUGGAUUGAAGUCUUACUGUUUUGGUUUACUAUAGUGUCAUAUCAUCAGCUACACUGUAAAAAAAAAUUAGUUUUACAAGUUGUAAAUAAAACAGAUUAUUGGAGUAUGGAGUUUUUCUACUUCAAAAUUCACUUUUUGAUUCAAUGUGUUACUUGCUGUUGUAUAAAGCUUUGGUUAUUUGUCUACUGGGACUGUUUCACCUCUCGAGCUCUGUAAAUAAA